UGCCUCUCUCAAUUCUCACAAAUCUCCAUUUGAUCCUCCUACCACUGCGUCUCUCGCUCUGUACAAAACCUAACCUUAAUAUGCCUUCUUUAACACCUCUGAAACGAUCUCCAUUGUCGAUCCAUCGGCUUCAUGUUCGCCUAUUCUCCCAACCAGUCGACUCGCCACCUUCCUCAUUGACCCUAUUCGAAAUCUCUCACUCCAAUCAUCCCAAAAACCCUAAUUUCACAUAUUUUCUGAAAUGGGUUUCGGGGAUCACCUUUGUUGGUUCAGGCCUAGGCUACUUGUACUACUCUGAUUCUGCUUUUGAUUCUUUAAAGAAUUCGUUUUCAUCCUUUGCCGAAUGGUCAAAGGCUACUAAAGAACCAAUGACUGGGAAGAAUCCCAAGUUUCUAUUUGGAGGUAUUUUUGUUAUAAUUUGACUCAAAUUGGGUUUUGAUUCUUUGUGUUUUGAUGAUAUAGAAGCAAAUUACAAGCUUUACUGUUCAAGAAAAUUGAUGGAAGCAUACAGGAGAAAGAUUUUUUUCAACUAUGAGAAACGCAUUAGGAUGCGAAGCCCUCCUGAAAAGGUUUUUGAGUACUUUGCAUCGUUCAGAACCCCUGAAGGAGAAAUACUAAUGAGACCAGCAGAUUUCAUGCGGGCAGUUGUUCCUGUGUUCCCUCCAUCUGAAUCACACCUUGUUAGGGAUGGGUAUUUGAGGGGGGAAAGGAGUCCUGGAGAGUUACGUUGUGAUCCGUCAGAAUUUUUUAUGUUUUUUGAUAUGAACAAUGAUGGACUUAUAUCUUUCAAAGAGUAUAUCUUUUGUGUUACCCUACUGAGCAUCCCAGAGACAAGCUUUUUAGUGGCAUUCAAAAUGUUUGACAUUAACAAUAACGGGGAGAUUGAUAAGGAGGAAUUCAAGAAAGUUAUGGCUUUGAUGCGAGCUCAUAACAGACAAGGAGCUCUCCACAGGGAUGGACUUCGAUUUGGAUUCAGAACUGUUGGUUCUGUGGAAAAUGGAGGCCUGCUGGAGCACUUCUUUGGUAAAGAUGGAAAGGCAAAACUCCAACAUGAGAAAUUUUUCCAGUUUAUGAGAGAUCUGCAUGAUGAACUGCUGAAGUUGGAGUUUGCCCAUUAUGAUUACAAAUUACGAGGAUCCAUUUCAGCUAAGGAUUUUGCCUUAUCCAUGGUAGCUUCUGCCGACUUGAGUAAUUUAAACAGGUUGCUUGAUCGGGUUGAUGGAUUAAACAAGCAGUCUUCUCUAAGUGACAUUCGUAUUACCUUUGAGGAAUUUAAGAGUUUUGCAGAGCUACGUAGAAGAUUGAGACCAUUUGCAUUGGCUCUUUCUAGUUAUGGGAAAGUAAAUGGACUAUUGACAAAGACGGAUUUCCAACGUGCAGCAUCCAAUGUAUGUGGCAUUUCUCUCAGCAAGUGUGUGGUUGAAAUCAUUUUCCAUGUGUUUGACAUGAACGAUGAUGGAAAUUUAAGCUCAGAGGAGCUUGUGAGAGUUUUACAGAAACGGGAAAGGGACAUUGCUCAACCGAUGGAGUCAGGAAUCAUGGGAUUUUUUUCCUGCUGUUGUAAUCAUUCAAAUUACGGCUCUAUUUCAGGACUUCUUUCUUGAUUAUUUCGUUGGUGCAUAGAUUUUGAUUUUUUCACAAUGAUGCUUCUGAUAACUCGGGGAAUGAGAUCCAGUUGUAAAACUGAGGCUUGCACCAUGACUGGCGAUCUACAGUUCAAGAAUUAGGAAAUGGAGUGAUUGGGGUGGGGCGAUUAACAAGCAGGCUAAUCUUAUGAAUUUGCUGCCAGCUUGUAUUAUGGUGCUGCUUAAAGUCAGUCUGUAUAUCUACAGUGCAGAUAAUUCCUUUAUUGGCUUUUUCCUGCUAACCCAUGUGUGGAUUUUCUGAAGCAACCUUUUUGCUGCUAAACUGAAAAGUUGUACAGUUAUUCAAUACAAAUAGAUUUGUACAUACUCUGUUUCUUUGAAUAAUCUUCUCAAUUUAUUAAACAGUUGACUUGCUUGUGGUC